CACCACUCCCAAACACCGCCAAAAUGGAUAUGUUAACAUCCGCCGAGCAGCGCACCCUCGAGCAGCGCAUGCAAAAGCGUCAAGUCAAGGAAUUCGUCGGCGCUUUCGGCGGCCUUACCGAGCACUGCUUCGUCUCCUGCGUCGACGACUUCACCUCAAAGUCCCUCUCCUCCAAGGAAACCGGCUGCCUCAACCGCUGCGUUCUCAAGUGGAUGGCCACGCAACGCCGGGUUAGCGAGCGCUUCCAGGAGCACAACGCCCAGAUCACGCAGCAGAUGCAGAAAUAAACCAACAAACACUCUACACAAACAAAAAAUUAUAAAAACAACUCUGUUCCACGACAAAUCUUUGCUAUCGAUGACGGGAUCGACGGAGGGGGUUCAUUUCUCCCCCCCAGGCGUCACAGCGUCUCUUGAGUGGGAGGAAAUCUCCGAGUUCCGAGGCCUUGUAUGAUACAAAGCGUUUUGGUGGGAAAAGACAAGAAAAAAGAAAAACGAAAAAACCAGCCGGGAUGUUAUCGCUUGGACAAGCAAUUUUUGGCUCAUGGAGAUGGAGUCAACUGUAUCAUUAUUACGGGAUAUGAAGGAGUAGUUGGGAGUGAGGGCAGGGUGUUCUGGUCAUGUCUCACUGUUGGGAACCAUCAACCGAUAUACACCAGGUGGUAUAUAAAAUCUUGCUCAAUGGGAAUUAAGUUUAGAUGCUCGAGUUCAUAACCGAAACAACCCUGUAUCCACGGGAGGACUUGUAUGUUACAUCUGAUGCAGUAGUAGCCCAACGUCCAACGCCUAAUCCUGAAAUUCAUUACCAUCCCC